GUGUGGCAGGUUAAUCCAUCACAGCUGUGUUUGCUCAACCAAAACCACUGCCAAGACAUGGCGCUCCACAUGUCCCUCAUCUUCCUGAUCAUGGUUUCUAUCUGGGCAGCUUCUGAAGUUUACGGAAGAAAUACGGAUAUAAAUGAUUGCUGCCUGGACGUGAAAAACAUCCAAAUUCCUGCAAAAAGAGUGAAAGCUUAUUACAUGCAGGAUGGAACCAACGGGUGCAACAUCAAAGCUCUCGUCUUCAUCACCCGCAAAAAUAGACACCUCUGUGCGCCACAUAACGUCGACUGGGCAAUAAAACUUAAGAACAUGAUCGAGGGACGCAACAUCAGGAAAAAACGUCACAACCACAAUGUCUGCGAGUCUGCAGCCUAAAUGCGAGUUGAAUUAACAUACAACAAUUUACGACAACAAGCAAAUGGCAUUACUCAAAUUCCAUCUUCAGCUUCCAAUACAUUGUCCUCGAAGCUUGGAAAGAAUGUGAAUCUGUCUUGUCAUAGAGUGUCCAAAUAUAUGCGUGUGGGUCUGUGUCCAUAUACAAUAUGUAUGUAUGUCCUUGUGUGUUAUUAUUGGUUUGGUUGGUAGUGUCACGAGUUAAGCUAUACCAUUUUAACCAAAAUGAUAUAUAUUGUCCACAUAAACGGUUACUGUAUUGAUGUUUUUAAAUGUCUCUGCUAAAAUGUAUCCAGACUUCACUUUCUGAUUGAUCCAAAUGAUCUCAUUGUUUAUCGUAUGCACUGUCUGCACAAAAACUCGAGUUAACGACAAAACUAAAUUCUAAUAUAAGUCAAAGGAUAAGAUCCCUUAUCGCACCCAGGAGAAUUCCACAAACUAUUCCAGUUUAGCUUUUAUAUCCAAAAGUUUACAUUUCCCUUUUCAUUUUCUACACUAACCUAACAGAGCAAACUUGGUACAGAUGGUUAGUUCAAUAUUCGUCUAUUUACCUCAUUUACUUAAAAACAAUCUUAUGAUCCUUAAAAUGUCCACGAUCUAAAGAAUGAUAAAUCUCGGGAAGUCCUCUGAAUGUUCCCCUAAUAUCCGUACGGAGGACAAUUUUACAGAAUUGACUAAAGUGUAGGUUGCUGUUUAUUUAAAAUGACUUACAAAUUGUAUGCCAAAGGAGCAAAAAUGGCCGCAAUGCUGAUUUUAAGAAUUAUUUUGUAGUUUUCUGAAAUUCACGUUAAAUUCACAAAAUAUUACGCUUUACUGAACGCACUCUUAAUACCCAACCCUUGUGUAUAGCCGUUGGCAAACUACCAUUGAUUGUCACUGUGUAUACUAUAGGGCUUGAAACGUUCUUAAUCAUACAGAGGUUUAGCCAGAUUCCUAAAUAUUAAGCUUACCCCCAUGUAAAUAGGAGUCAAAGUCUGCUUUAAUCAGUCCAGGAUCUGAAACGAAUUCUAGUGAGUUUACUACCAGUUUGUGGUGUGUUUGCCUUGAACAGGUUUUAGUGAAAACUGCAAGACAGUCUCUCUCUCUCUCUCUCUCUCUCUCUCCAUAUUUAAAGUUAAGCUCUCAUGAAAUAUAGGCUUUACCCCUUGUCCUAGAUCUGUGUGUAUAUAUAUAUAUAUAUAUAUAUAUAUAUAUAUAAAGGAAUAUUAUAUAUAGGAAUUGUUGGGCCAAGUAAUCAGGGCUAUGCCUCAUCCAGCAUAUAUAUCAACCGUUUCUCUACACAGAUCUCUAGGGCAGGGGGUAAAAACUAUGUCAAGAGAACUUUGCUUUAAAAUAAAGCCUCCUUCAUAAAUCAAAAAGUAAUAAAAACUGCUUAAUCCAUAACUCUAUAUAAUCUACCAUGUUAUUGGAUCUUCAAAGAUCCAAUUCCAGAAUCAUAGUCACGAAAAUACAAAUGAAAUUAUAGAAGAAAGAAAGACAAUUAUCAAUUUAUUUUGAUUUCCCUCUAAUUCUUUGUCCGCUUUGAUCGUUUUGAUCCAGAAAGAUUGAUUGAUUUCUGAUUUUCUUUUUCACUGAGCUAAGGGUUUUGUUGACUUUAAAAUCAGUGACGAAAAACUCAACAAACUCACUUUCCUUAUGUUCAACAUCAGUAAUAUAUAACAGAAAGCUAAAUAACUUUAACAAUAUAUAUAAAUAUGUCUUUGAUAUUAUAAUAAAUAUAUAUAUUUGUGCAUGUUAUAAAUGAUUUGUAUUGAACGAGAAGUUGUUGUCUCUCGAUAACCUUGGGGGGCGAUAAUAAUGUUAAAUAUAUCUUUGAUGUCUUCUGUACCUGGUAUUUAGGGGGUCAAAGAAGUAUAUCUCAAAAUAACCAGGGUCGCUAUAGAUAUUAGGCGCCACUAGGUACAAUUACUACAGAUGCCCAAACAUAGCAAUAAUGAGUUAACAUUGAUUAAUUGUAGCACGGAUGGGAUGGUAAUUGGCUAAGCUAGGCUGGCAUAGGGCAGGUAACCCUGACACCACUGAUAUUUUGGAAAUGUAUACUCCAUGAUGCUUAGAUAGCCAUUAGGUUGGUCAAGCAUUCUGGGAGAUGUAGUUUGCAGGUAUCAGGUGUAUUAGAUGCUAGAUAAAUGAGAGGCAUACUCUGUGAGCUAAACAUGAGUUUAUCUAUGAACUGAAAUCACUCACAUGUUAAAAGGAAGUUUCUAAAUCAGCCCUUAGGAUGAGGCCACAUGUCUCUAUUCAUUGGUCAAAUUAUAAAGUUCAGCGUCAUAAAUGUAUAAGUGAAACCUAAUGGGAGAUGUGUAUCAGAGACUAACGGUCCCAUCCAGAGGUUUUUAAUUCCGCACUUUAUGUAGAGGGAGAGUUAAGUAAGACACAUGUAGAGUCUGUCUUAAAUUCUCACCUGUUACGUAUCUUCCUUCUCUGCAUCCAUGCACAAAUGAGGGGAUAAUAUGAUUUCAGUGCAAGCAGGAGCCAUCGUCCCCCAGUAGCGUGCCGCCCAUUGGACUACAAUUCCGACCAUCACCAAAAACUGUCAGAGUAUCUGUCAAAAGACACAUACAUAGAAUGGGAAUUGUAAUACAUAGCAGGAUGGUGACAGCUGCUGCAUGUACAAGGAAGCAGGGAUCAAUGUCUUGUGUUUAAAAUAUUAAGUAUGAAUGUGAUUGAUCAUUUUUUUGUGUUUUCUAAGACUCUGGGAAUGUAUGUGUGUUCGUCCAGGCCAGUCAAGCUAAUACAUUGUAUAUUAGAACAUUGUUAAGCUAUUUGAGAGUGGACAUGAGAGAUUUUGUAACUGUGAAAUCAUCCUUUUUUAAUAAAGAUAACUUUUAUAAGCUGA